AUGAAAGGAUUAAAUACAAAGCCUGUAGUUUUAUAAGGACAUAAUGCUAAAACAGGCGCUAUAUAUAUAGGAGUAUAUGGAUUUGCGAAUACUAUUUAUUCCAUAGUUACUGAAGUGGAAAGAGUUGAUAAACUGAAAAUCAUACAUUUGGUUGGAGGAGUUUAUUUCUAAGGACAUAUAUCAAGGAAAAAUCCUAUUUAAUAUUUUGUCUAUAAUCCUAUAAAUGACUCCGAUGAUAAAUAAAAAGGCGAAACUAAUGAUGAUAUUGAAUUCAAUUUCAAAGGAUAGAAAGACAAACUCAUUAUUUUAGUCAAUAAUGAUGGUACUUACCCAUAUUCGGAUGGAGAAAAUGGAUUCUAAUGGUAAUCUAGUAACGGUUAUUUGUUUAUUUCUAGAAAAGAUAAAUAGUACGAUAAAAAGGCAAGUUAUUAAAUUGCUGUAAUGGCCACUGAACAUGCUUUCAAAGUAAGUCCUUAUCAAAAUGAAAAUAUAAAAGAAUAGUUAGACUUGAAUUUUUAAUUGAUGGCGUCUUCUAGUAAUGUAGUUAAAGCUUUAGAUCUAGGAAAUACUAUAAAUGAUUAUUUAGUGGAGUAAGGAAUGAAAUAUUACUAAAUAAGAAUACAUAAUAUGACUGAAGUAGUUUAUGUUUCUCAUUAUGUGAAAAAUUAAAGAGUGAAAAAUUCCAAAUACUUCACUUUUGGAGUCGGAUCGGAGCCUUUUGAAUAAAUAGAUAAAUACGAGAUGAAAGUUUAGAGUAAUUAUACGAAUUUCCGUUUAGAUCCAUAGUUUGUUAAAGAGAAAAUCUGUAAAUAAAAAAUACAAGAUUGUGAUAUUUAUUUAAGUAUAAGUAGUAAUGUUGAUCAAGAAAUAAAUUAUACACUAACUGUUUGGGCUUAAGAAUAUGCAAUUGAAUUAACUGAAGGAGUCUCUCAUAGAGGAGAUUUUAAUAAUGUUUUAGAAUAUAUGAAUUUCUAUUAUAUCCCUAAUAAUAAAGAACAUUCUUUAUCAAUUUAUCUUUCUAGUAUUUAUGGACAUUCUUCUUUUAAUGUGCUUUUGUGGGAUAACGAAAAUUCGAAUAAUGUUAUGGAAUGGCCUUUCCCAAUUUAAUCGGAUGAUAAAUAUCAUUUUAAUUCCGGUAUUCAUAAUUCACACUCUAUUAGUUUUUCAGGAGAAGCAUUUGAGUUUUGUUGGCCGGAUUGCAUUCUUUUGAUAAGUGUUAGUUAUUAUACUGGAUUACCUAAUGAUGGGGAAGAAAUUGUUUAAAAAAUAAAGGACGAGAGAAAAAAUGAUCAUUUUAAUAUUGUUGUGAGUUCUUUGUAUUAAGAUUUUCAUAUAAAUUAAUAAGCAGAAUUUACAAUUGAAUAAAAUGAAUAGAAAUUCUUUUUUUUGGCUUUGAAUAAUAUUUUGGAGGAAAAUGAUUCGAUUAUUAUUGAAAUGACUCCUCUUUCAGGAGAUGGGGUUUUGGGAGUUAUUUUAAAAGACGAUAUUACUAAUAGAUACCCGAAUAGUAUUAUAAAUGAAUAAACAGCCGAUAUUGUAUCUUAUGCUAAUUAUUUAGAAAUAUCGAAUAAAUAACUGAGAAAAAUAAUGGCAAAAUAUGACUUGAAAAUUAAUUAAAAUCCCGUUUUGAUAAUUGAAGUUGGGUGUAUUUCAGAUUCGGCAGGAAAAUUCGUUUUAAUUGCUAUGUAGGGAAAAAAUCCAGUUUUAGAUUUAAUGCAUGGAUUGCCUUAGGAAAUUUUCGUUUAUUCAAAUUAUAAGAGGUAUUUUAAAUAUUUUCAUUUCUCAGACUCUGAUUUUACGGUCAAGUUAUAAAGGGAAAUCGGGUAUGCGGAUUUGGGGAUUAGAGUUUGUAAAAAUGCCAAAAAUUCAAAAAUUACUAGUUUUGAAAAAUGUUUGAAAAACACAAAUGAAUAGACUAUUUAAUACACUGCAGGUGAAUCUUUUUCGAAUAUUCAUGUUUCUUAGGAUAAUGAGGAGCUCUAUUGUUAAGAAUGUCUAUAUAUUAUUUCAGUUUCAGCGCAUGAAGGAGAAACUCAUGCCUUUAUAAGUGUUAUAUUUUAAUAAGACUUCACUUGGUUGCAAGAAAGUAGAUAAAUUAGGGAUUUCGUAGAAGUAAAUACACUUAAUUUAUAUAGAAUAUCAGUUGAUUAGGAUGAGGUGACUGAUUUGAGUGUUUAGAGCUUUAAUGGAAGUGUAGAAGUGUAUUACUCAUAUGAAUAUACUUUUGAUUUGAAGGAAUUUAAAUAUGGACCUUUUUCUAGUGAGAAUGGUGGAAAUACUUAUUUAGAUACAUUUAAAGUUAAAAAAGGAGCCGUUUUUAUUGCUAUAUAAAAUGGAGAUGAAGAAUCUAUGUAUAAAUUAAAACCUGAAUUCCAUAAAACAUAGAAGACUAUUUCUAAAUAAAAAUUAAAAGCAGGUAAUUAGGGAAAAAUAAAUUAUAAAAGAGAACUUGGAGGGAAUACGGUAAUUACUUUUAAGUCUAUUGUAUGUGAAAAAUGCGAUAAAGCAAUAACUAAAGGAAGUAAAGUGAAUUAUGAAGUUAUAUAUUCUAUUGAUAAAGAGAUUUUAAAUACUAUUGGAAAAUGUUAAGUAAGAAAUUAUUACGAGCAUGACGCUUAGGAUAAUUUACAUUAAGUUCAUAAAAUAUCACCUAAAAAUGUCUAUGGAGAGGAUUAUAAAUUUAAAACAUUUAUAUUAGAAAACAAGGAAUAAGAUGAAAUGAAUUUCUCAUUUAAACUAGAUGAUGAUACAACAAUAUAUCAUUUAAGUAUAGUUGCUAAAAUAUAGAAUUUCGAAAAUGAUCCGAUAUCAAUAUUUUACGAAAACAUCGAAAUUGCAGAACCUAAUGUUUCAUAUAAGACUGAAGCUUCAGUUUACGCAUUUAUAUUUGCCUGUAUUCUUGUUAUUAUUUUCUUCUGUAUGACCACUUAUUUAUUCUGGAGAAGAUAUAAGGCUAUGAAAAAGGGUUUAUAAGCUAAUAUUAGAUGGAGAGAAUUAGAACUGAAAUAAUAAAAUAAAUAAUAAUAAACUAAAGGCGGUUAUUAGUAAUUUUAAGAUGAUUAUUUCUGA